UAUGGUAACAGUCUUACCAACAGUCUUAUAUAAACUGUUGUGCGUAUUGGUUGCAGACGAACUUGAGAAAUUUGCUAAAGAAUUUGAGGAUCUAGUUGAUGAUGAGGGUAAAUUUAUAGGAGAUUUAGAAAUCUACAGGAAUAGACAUAUAGAAUUGUGUAAAUUAGUUGAAAGCUUGGAUAGAGUGGUAUCGUUUAUUACAUCUUCAUCAUUUUUAAGUCAUAUUACUCUACUAUGUAUAAUCUUAUAUAAUGUGAUUUAUCAUAAAUUAAAUACUGAAUUUACAAGUCUUCAGCUAUUUUGGAUAUUUUCAAUAAUUAUUCAUAUGCUAACAAUUGGAUAUCAUGGAGGAAAUAUUUACGUUUGGGCUCAUCAUCCCAUUAAAUCUAUGCUCUCUCUAUCACUUGUUUACGAUGGAGUUGACAAUGAUAAAUUGCUUCAGAUAAAUAUGUUUAUGAAUAAAUUGACGGGAACAACGAUUGGCGUCUCGGCAAUGGGAAUGUUUGUUGUCGAUCCUUCUGCAUUAGUAACGAUGUUUGGCGUUAUGAUCACAUACUUCAUUAUACUUUUACAAUUUCGAAUUGGUCAUAAAGAUUUUAACUGCAAAUGUCCAUUACCAUAA